GAUGACUCCGUUCAGGAGCUGGAGAGUCAGAGAGGGGGGAGUUGAAUAAGACGAAGGGGUGGACCCCCCAGGGCUUGAGCAUACACUGACACAGUGAAGGGAGACAGAGAGAGAGAACGAGGAAUAGCCAAAUAGAGAGGGAAAAAUAAAAAGGGGAUUCAUUUUUUUUCCUCUUUAUUUCUGCAUGCUUACCUUUGGAACACCGCUGCAUAAGGAUAAGGAAUUGACAGUGAGAACAUUGAGCCUGUCAGACCUGCUGGCCGUAAUUCUUUUGAUACCGCGAAGCUUGACAGUCGUGAAUGAAGAACUGAGUGACCGGGGUCAUUGUCCGUCUCCUCUCCUUCCUCCUUCUCAUCUUUUUUCCCUUCAAGCGCUCAAACUCUCGCCCUCUCCCUCUCACUGGUCGAGAGCGUGUGUGAGAGUGCGCGCGCGAGAGAGCGGGAGAGAGGGGCGGCCGGCGCUCUGCCAUGUGAGACUGAUAGAGACACACGCAGAGUGCGCCACAUCAAAGGCUGAGCCAGCCAGCGAGCCGGCGAGUCUGAGCGGGAGACCGUACUGCAGACACGACAGAAAAAAGCGGGAACAUUUUUUUGCAGGAGCUGCGUUUGCAGUCACAGAUGCCGCCGCCGCGCGCCUGAUCCACACCGUUCCUUUUUCCCGCCGACGCGUACGGACCACAAAGUAGCAGGUAGACACUCCGAGGUUUCUUAUCUUCUAGUUGGAAAAGCGGAUCGUCAGAAGACUCCAGCUCCCUCAGAGGAGAACUCCAGUCCUCCUCCUCUCAAGUGGAUUGUGAAAGUGAGACAGAGACCUCAGCUGGCCUCAUCUCCAGUUUGAGGAAGAUCUGACGUCCGAGUCGUGGAGUUCUCAAGUCGUCAUUCCAAAAGGCUCGCUCGGCACAGUGCCUGUCGCCUGUGGGCUUACACCAAGUGGGACCACGACGACCGUGCCUUUUCAGGCUUGAAGCCCAAAUUCAAGGUAGAGAGGGCUGAAGGGUAAAGACUGAGGUCUGCGAGGCUAAGGUUCCUAGCAUGGGGUGUUCUCCACCAUGAGCUUUGUGGUCCGAACAGCCACCCCUGUCGUCCGUCUGUGUGAGUUAACCGGGAUUCAGCCAUGCGUCCCGCCGGAGCAGCAUCUCCGCAGGGCUCGGGGGAAGCAGGUUGCCUCUGCCAGACCUUGGGACCCCCGCGCCUACACUGGACCCCUUGGAUGUGGUGGUUGACCCUGGGAUGUAUCAUGGGGUCCGUUUGGAGUUCCUCCCCAGUCAGGAGGUUGGAUAACUCGGUGGCGGCCGCCGGACCCCCCGGGGUCGCCACCUCGUACACUCACCCAGAGCCUCACCUGCACGGGCCAAGACACCGUGCGUCGGCGCCGAUAUCAAUCUACCGGUCACCCGCCUCCCUGAGGGGUGGUCAUGCCGGGACAACGUACAUUUUUGGGAAAGGAGGAGGGCUGAUAACAUUCAGGUGGCCGGCCAAUGAGAGACCCAGCACCAGGACGGACCGACUGACGGUGGGGUUCAGCACUUCGCUCAAGGAUGGGAUUUUGGUCAGGAUAGACAGCGCCCCCGGCUUGGGAGACUACGUCAUGCUACACAUCCAACAAGGGAAGAUCGGAGUUACGUUCAACAUCGGCACGGUGGAUAUCAGCGUGACGGAGAACAGCAUGCCUGUGAACGACGGGAAGUACCAUGUGGUCCGCUUCACGAGAAACGGGGGCAAUGCCACCUUACAGGUGGACAACUGGGCCAUCAACGAGCACUUCCCUACAGGAAACAGCGAUAAUGAACGCUACCAAAUGGCCAAUAAGAAAAUCCCUUUCAAAUACACCCGGCCUGUUGAAGAGUGGCUGCAGGAAAAAGGUCGACAGCUCACAAUAUUCAACACCCAGGCAACUGUGGCCAUCGGCGGCAGCGACCGCAGUCGGCCUUUCCAGGGCCAGCUCUCUGGCCUCUACUACAACGGCCUCAAGGUCCUCAACAUGGCUGCCGAGGGCAACCCCAACAUCAAGAUCAACGGUAGUGUGCGGUUGGUGGGCGACGUGCCCAAUGUGGCCGGGUCGGCCAGGACCACCGCCAUGCCCCCUGAGAUGUCCACCACCUUCAUAGAGACCACAACCACCAUGUCUACAACCACUACCAGGAAGCAUCGCUCCUCAUCCACCGUACAGGCGACGACGGAUGACAUUGGGACGUCAGCGGAGUGUUCAAGUGAUGACGAGGACCUGGAGGAAUGCGACUCAGGCCAUGCAGGUGGGCUAGGAGGUGAAUUAGUGUUCCCUAUACUUGUUGAGGACCCGUUAGCCCACCCCUCUGUAGCUCCCCGUACACCCUUCAUCCCCCUCCCCCCAACCCUCCGCCCACUCCUCACCAUUAAUGAGACCACCAAAGAGUCCCUGUCCAAGGCCACUGAGGCGGGGGUACCUUGCUUGUCGGACCGAGGCAGCGAUGAUUGUGAUGAUGAUGAUGAUGGCUUGGUGAUAUCAGGGUAUGGCUCUGGGGAAGCGUUUGACUCUAACCUGCCCCCUACUGAUGAUGAAGAUUUUUACACCACCUUCUCCUUGGUAACAGAUAAGACCUUGUCCACGUCGACCUUUGAAGGUGACUACAAAGCUCACGCGCCCAAGUGGGACACCAAGAACUUUAGACCUAACAAACCCUCCGCCUCCGAUCGCGGUAGGACUACCACUACUGCGGCACCGCCGCUAGCCCCCGACCAGAGCCGCACCACUGCCGCCGCCUCCACCGCAACCCUCCACCAUGUGCCCGCCGGCAAAAUGAAUAACCGCGAGCUAAAACCCCAGCCAGACCUAGUGUUGCUCCCGUUGCCCACGUCCUAUGAGGUAGACAGCACCAAGCAGAGGGGCUCACUAAUAACCUCCCCCAUGUUCCGUAAUGUACCCACAGCACUCCCCACCCAGCCGGGCGUCAGGCGAGUCCCAGGACCCUCGGAAGUGGUCCGCGAGUCUAGCAGCACCACCGGGAUGGUCGUCGGGAUAGUGGCAGCCGCCGCUCUGUGCAUCCUCAUCCUCCUGUACGCCAUGUAUAAGUACAGGAAUAGGGACGAGGGGUCCUACCAAGUGGACGAGAGCAGGAACUACAUCACCAAUUCAGCCGUGCAGAGCAACGGUGCUGUCAUGAAGGACAAACAGCAGUGCUCGAAAGGCGGCAACAAGAAACAGAAAAACAAGGAUAAGGAGUAUUACGUGUGAGUGUGAGACGUUUUUUUUUUGGCAAGAUAUAGUGAGAGAGAGAUGGGAAAAGAGCGAACAUUUAUUUCAUGGUUUCCUUAACUAGGAGCUACGACGAAAGAUGGUAUGAAAUGGAACUUGAAUCUCAUUCUGUGCUGAUUGGUCGAACUUAUGACUUGUUCUGUAAUAUAAAGCACACUUACUAUUGUAAGCAUACAGAGAAGGUAAAUAGCAAAUUUAGUGACCUUGCUCUUCUAUUUGGUCUGAGAUGUUAUCAGUGUAGAAAUACUUCACGGCUACAUCAUUAUCCUAAGUGACUUUUAGAGCUAUGUGAUCCUUGGCGUAAAAAAAAAAUAUAUAUAUAUAUCUUGUUUUCUUUUUGUAAAACUGUACAAAUGAAAACUGUCAAUAAUCUUGACCAUUUUCAGCAUGGAAGCAACAUGUAGUGCUUAACAAGAGUGGGUCAGGAUUCAGGAUCAUUGUGAAGUUGACAGAAAAUAAGGACUCUUGCCAUGAGAAUAUGACAAAUUUGUAUCGUUUAUACAUUCUAAAAAUGUGGUGUCUUAUAAUUUUUUUGCUCUACGCAAAAAAAGAAAACAACUACUCUGUGUAUCUACUGAAACCAAGUGAGAAAGUCACUGAGGACAGAUCUCUUAGGCUCUUGUAGCUCUGUCCUCUGAUCUCAACACUAAUACUCUCAUCAUGUGAUGGACAGAAUGACUCUAAAACAUUGGAUUGUGGUGAGAAGUGGUCGGUUUUUCUUGACUCGGUAAAAAGCACCUGAUUGUAAAAUGCAUGCCAUCCUAAUGCUACAGUACAGUACAGUACUGUACCGUAAAAGUACAUUAAAUGGCGUUAGCUUGAACAGUCCGAGGCCAAAAGGUUCUUCAUCAUCAGAACUAUACACCUCUUUAUUUUGUUUUCCUCAAAAAUGUCAAAGAAAAGAGUAUUCCUUACAAAAAGGUAUAUUAUUGAUUUUCAGCCAGUGCUGGUUGUAUCUUUUGCAACCUUCUGUGUGUUGGUUCAUUGCCUCUUGUUUUAUUUUCUAUGGAGCUGUCCAAAACAGGGCAGAUGCAGUACUAUAACACUGUUAACAGAUGUCUAUACAGAAAUAAAUCUAAUGUGAAAGGUGUGAACUAUAUCUGUUUUCACAGUCAACUGUAUCACACAACAAAAUUUGUUUACAUAUUUUAUUACAUACUAGCUGUUGUUCUUUGUAGGUAGAAUUGUACAUAUACCAUUACAGCUGUAAUUUUUUAGUACUUCUAUUGUACAGACUGAUCAUAUGGUUUAUCAGUGUAUUUCAUGGAGAAAAAAAAUAUAUAAAUGUUAGGUGACAUGGAGAGACUUUAAGAUGUGGAGAAUAUACACAUAUUUUGCAAAGAAAGGAGAAAAUCUAUUGUCAGGAUUGAGAUCUUAUCGUAGAUGUUUCAAAAUUUGCAUGCAUAUUUGACAAGUUGUAAGCUCUCAAUCAUAUGCCCGUGUACUAAGGCUGACUUGUGAUCAGUUUACUUAAGUGGUCUUUCUACUUUGAGGAGAACAAAGGGAAUACAUAACAAAUAUAGACUAUAAUGGAUGGGAUUACCUGUUAAGACAACCUCAUAAAACACAGUGUGAUUCUUGCAAAACUGUUAGGAACGAGUACUUAACUGUACAUUUUUUACAAAUCACCUUUGGUUCUCAUAUUUCGGCAGUCAAUCAUUUUUACAUAUCAAGUUUUUGUUUACUCAUCGUUUCAAUCCUUAAAAAACAAACACAUUUUUUUAUGA